UGCAGCAAGUUGAUGAUCAGGGGAAUGUUGAAAAUGUACCGCUAAUAGGAGCUCCUGGAGUGUACAAUUAUCAAGGAGAAUUUAUUUAUUAUAGUAGAGAACAAAUGGAAGUCUACAAAGGCAACAGUCCACAUGGAUAUCAAGGUUAUGCUCUUGCCCAGGGAAGCUUUUUUAAAGCAGGCAAAAAUGAUGUUGCCUCUGGUGCCCCUAGAUUUGACCACCAUGGCAUGGUGGCAGUUUUUAGGGACUUAGGUUCAGGAAAGUUCCAGAAAGAUCCGAAAGUGCUCCUGCCCCCUGUUGAAGAUGGUUCAGACAACAGACGUCAACCUGGAACAGGAUUUGGAAUUGCUUUGUGUGCUGAGGACCUUAACAAUGAUGGGCUUUCAGAACUUUUAGUUGGUGCACCAUUCUACUCUGACGAUUUAUACCCCGAGCAAGGAAGAGUUUAUGUGUAUGAAUAUAAAGGAAGUGAAAAUAAAGGAAGUGAAAAUAAAGGAAGUGAAAAUUUGGUUCUAUCUCACAAACUGCCCAUCGGUGGAAGGAAGGAUCGGUGGAGAGGGAAUUUUGGACGCGCACUUGCUUCUGUGGGUGAUAUUGAUCUUGAUGGAUAUCAAGAUGUUGCUGUAGGGGCACCAUACGAGGAUAGUGGCGAUGGUACAGUGUACAUCUACAGAGGCUCAGAAAAAGGUCUUGUUGAAACACCAAUGCAGGUUAUCAAAGGUUCUUCUGUGUCACCGGGUAUUCAAUCAUUUGGAUAUUCCAUUGCUGGAAUACUUGACUUGGAUACUAAUGGUUAUCCAGAUGUUGUCAUUGGAGCUUAUCAAUCAGAUACUGCAGUUCUCCUCAGGUCAAAACCAGUCAUUUCAAUCUUGUCAAAAAUCACAAUCUACCCAGACACAUUUGAUAUCAAGGGCAGAAAUACCUGCAAUCAAACUGAACGUGAAGGAAAUAAACAAUUUGCCACAUCUUGCUUUGACAUUAAAGUUUGUACAAAAUAUACUGAAAGAUCUAGGAAAGUGAAAGAAAAAAUAGAUGUGCUGUUAAUUAUGAAGUCUGACACAGAUCCUGAGUGGGAAGCAGACUCAAGAGUUUUGUUCCAAAAGGAUCAGAAAAAUGCGAUUAAUCGGACAGAGUUAAUAGGUGGCAAUGAUACUUGCUUUUACUGGUUUGCUUAUAUAAGGGAAGGGGUGACUGAUGCAGAUGUUUACCCUGACAUCCAGUUUACACUGACUUAUCAGAUUGUGAAAGAACCAACACCAACUGUCAGUAGCCCUACAGAUGUACCAUCUCUUGUCCCAUUUGCAGUUUUUGAUCCCUUGAAGCCACAGCAAGCAACAGCAGUUCUUUCAUUCAAGAGAGACUGCAAGAAGUGUGUUCCAGAUUUGAAAAUUGAUGUCAGUAACAGUAAAAAAACUCUUGCUGUUGGUGCGAAAAACUACAAGUUGACUGUCACAGUAAAGAAUGAUGGAGACGAUGCCUAUAAUGCAAAGUUUUUUGUGACAAUCCCCAGAGGAAUGCAAAUAGGAAAAAUCUUCUCUGUUGAUAAAGAAAUAUUUAAAGGAAAAGCUGUUGAGGUAACAACACUGGCCUCCAAUGACACAUUUGUGACUGUUAAGCUAAAUACUCCCUUCAAAAAGAAAGAGCAACCAAUUCAAAUUGUUUUAGACACCUCACGAUACAGUGACACUCCAGAUUUCCUACCAAUACACCUUAACACAAACAGUACAAAUGAAGAGGACAGUGACACACUAGCUGACAACAAUGGCUUUUUGAAUAUCUCUAUCAAGUCUCAAGCAGACUUGGAAAUUAAUGGUACAACGGUUGAAGAACAAGUUGCUUAUGGAGGCAAGGUUGUCGGCGAAAGUGCUAUGGUUCGUGCAGAAGACAUUGGGAAUGAAGUUAUACACAAGUACUUUGUCAAAAACCGUGGUCCAGACCCAGUUCCCUUGACAGAAGUAAUAAUAGAGUGGCCUUUUGAAGCAACUAGUGGAAAGCAUUUACUUUACUUGGUGAAUGUCAAGGUUGAUGGAAAUAGGGCUUCUUGUAAGAAAAUCCCAGGGCAACUGAAUAUGCUUGGUUUAGAGACAUCAGCUGGUGGCAGCUCAGGACAGCAACAGAAUGACACUUCAGUUGAUGCAAUGGUAGAAAGAAGAAGAAGGCGUGAUGUGGAAGACACAGAAUCCAGCUCUAAAGUUAAACGAGAAACUGAACCUACUAAGCCUGAGAAGCUUCAGUCUGAUCUGGACUGCAAGUUAGGAUUUGCAAAGUGUACGAAUAUACAUUGCACCAUUGAACGUUUAAAAGCUGAUGAAGAUGUGACAUUUACAGUUAUCUCACGUCUCUGGAAUGGUACCAUGAUAGAAGAUUAUCAAGGUGAACUGUUAAGAGUAAUAUCCCAUGCAAGUGUAAGAUCAACUAAUACUUAUGUGCAAGAAACUAACAAGGAAAACAACAAAGCACAGGUUGGUACUCAACUAAAUCCAGAUGUCAAUGUUGCAGUACCUUCAAAGGGUCUCCCCAAAUGGGUUAUACCAGUCUGUGUAGUUAGUGCUGUUCUUCUCUUGGUGCUAAUUGUCUUUUGUCUGUACAAGCUUGGUUUUUUCAAGCGGCAAAAGUUUGACAAGAAUAUUACUGACCCAGAAGAAGUUGACAGAAUGUUGGAUAAUGGCAAGGGAUAUUAUGCUUAAAUUAAAACACAACAGACAGUUAUCUCCUCAAAGUAGACUAGAUUUGCAAUCAGUAUGGACAGAGCUACAGAUGUGCAUGGAUACAACUUGUACUUAUUAGGGUACGAGUUGAGCUAGCCUCCAAAGCUGUGGCAUUCAGCGGCAAAAAGCUGUAUCACUCACAUGGCUGAUGGGAGAGAAUGAAUUCUAAGAGGACCUGCACAUGUGACUCUCUCUGUGUGCAUCUAUGCAUGACUCACCAAAAUCAAGUUUUCACUGAGCCUGAUUUAUAGACGUAGAUGAUCAUGUAAUUUAUUUUUAUCUUGUUUGAUGGCAGUUGUCUAUAAAUCCAUAUUUAAGGUUGGCAGGUAACAAAUUCUUGCCAUUUCCUGUGCAAACAUGAACCAACUUUGCUGUAAGCUUAAAAGCACACCUCAGCUUGGAUAAUACUCCAAAGAAACAUUAGCUUUUAAACCUUUGAUGCAUAAGGGUGGUUUAUGCAUAUGCAAGUAUUGUGAUAUCUUAGAGCAGAGUUUUUGUUAGGAAAUGUAGUGGUAGCAAGACUAUUCUUUACAUCUCAGUAGAAGACCAAAGAAACUUAGCCAGAAAUUACCCUGAUCCCUGAUGGGUUGUGAAACACUGUGUAGUGAAAGCUACAGGAAGACACAGAAAUUGCGAGAAGGAACAGAACAGACAAAUGACUAAACAUCAGUUGUGGUGUUAUUAAUAUUACAACUGUUGGAUCAACCUCAAACACUUGUGAGAUUUGUGACUCCAGUAUACAUAUGAUCAGAUGUUGGUGGAGAAGUAAUUAAUAAGAUGUAAAUUUUAACCUCAAAUCACAUACUGUUUUAUGCAAAAUUACUAUUUUUUCCAGCUACAAUUAUUUAGACAUUUGGCUUGUCUUUAUCUUGUAAGGUAACUUUUCUUUGAUACAUUUUUUUAAUGGGUGGGAACAAACUUUUUUACAUAUUGCCUUUUGCAAGCAAGGUAGUAAAAUAAGGCAAAUCACAUAGUAAUGCAGUGUUGUUUCAAUCAUUCUGUUUUAAAGGCAAUGCACUUUUCAAAAGAAAAUUAUAAACUGCAAGGAAGGUUAUGCAUGUUGAUAUAAAUCAAGUCUUAUCUCCAGAAAUAUUUACUCAGGCUCGCAUAGCAUAAUGUUACUUCUUAGUUAGGGUUUGGGUUGCUGAAAGAACAAAUGAUGCCAAAGAUGGCACCUUCUAUGGGGUUGGUUUUUGUCAACAACAUUAACUUUAUCUUCUUUAGAAACUGGGGGCUGCAGUCCACCCUCCUAAACCCCACCCCAAAGUUUAGGUUGUCCAUAACCCAAGAAACAAGGUGAUGAAAUAAAUAGUCAACUGGGAAAUUGUAAAAUGUGCGAAAAUGAAGAGAACGUAAUGCUUUUAUUAACAGGGUUGUAACUAGAGCAGUGGGUGAACAAAAUCAUUUUAAAUAGAACAGGUGAAUAUAUAGUCAGUAAAAUUUAUGAAAGUGUACAAAGAUAAAAGAUUGUGAGCAAUGUGAUCACUUGCCAUACUUAAAUGCUUUUAUGUCAUUUCUUAAUGAAUGCUAAAGUAUUACUGUAUUUUUAUUUUUGACAUUUUUUCCAAGGUUGUUUUUCAUAGCUGUUAUUCGGGGUAGCUAGUUAAGGGUACAUUUUGUUUGGCUUGGCAUAAAUGUUUGUUUACUUAUCAUCAUAAGGUGUCUAAAGGAGCAUGUUUAUACAAAAGCUCAUUUUCAUUUUCUUACGCCCUCUGGGUGUCAGAUUAGACGGAUGCAAUUUCACUGUAUUAAUGCCAGAUUAGCUAUAUAUAUAUUUUAUUUUAGAUGUAUUUUUCACAAGAUAACUAAACCACACAUUGUUUGUAACUGUUAACAGGGUAUAUAUAUAUAUAUAUAUAUAUAUACUGGUAUCUUACCUUGGAGAUGUCUUCUUAAAAUUUUGAUAACAUUUGUUUUACAGUUUCUCAGUUGGAAUGAUGAAUGAAAGUAAGGGCUGUACAUGAAGGGGCCAUAUUUAAUACCAAACUUUUGUCUUAAGUUAACAUUUAAGUCAACAAUGUAUUUUUUUAACCCUGUAACCAUGAUGAUGAUGAUGAUGAUGAUGAUGAUGAUGAACCCCUAAGAUCUGAUAAAAUCACAGUAAAUCUCCCUUCUUUUCUCUAUACAUGUCUGUGAAAUAGCUACAAGAAUUUAUUGUUACAUCAAGAUAACAUUCUCUGGAAAAUGAAAUAGCAAUCUCUGAUCAUGUGUUUGGUAGAAUAGGUAAUGAAAUUGUGAUUACAAGUUACUUGUUUUUCUCUUUCUGGGGUUAGAGGUCUAAGACAAAAACAAAAAUUAAAGAUUUAGAUUUGCUCUAUAAGAAUGCACCUAAUGCCGCAUUUUCACAUCAGUGGUUACUUAGAUAAGACUUAAAUGCUUUUGGGUGAAAACUCUGGCAAAUAACAUUGUUUAAAUGGUUGCAUUUACAAAAUUUGAAAAUAUUAAACACACAUUUCUAAAAAACAAAAAAAAAAGGUUAAUAAAGUGUCAUGUGUUUGAAAACCUUA